CCGCCACCAAAGACGCAAGGGAAGAUGGCGUACACGCUGACCUUGCUCGUGGGGGCGCUCUUGCUUCAAGGGGCAGUGGCUUCUCCCGUGCUGUUCCACUGGCUUAACCUUCCCUCGCCGGCUGUCUGCUGCAGGAGGAAGCUGGCCAACUGCUGUCCACUCAUUAACCUGCCAGUGGAGCACGCAGCGAAUCGGCCGUGGCCGCUGUUCACCAACGAAGGCCUGACGCCCGAGGAGAUCGAGAAGCGCAACAAGGAGCGCCGCGCCCGUCGUGAGCGCCACAAGGACCGCCAGAGGGACAGGGACUCGAGGAGACAGCAUUCGUAGCCGAAAAACGAGUUUCAUUCUCUGUCUCUCCUCAUUCCCACUGAUCACGCAGUCGCAUUCUCCAUAACCAUCAUAAUUCUUCAUUUACUAAAAAAAUAGACAGUGGUGCAUAUCUUGUUGUAUCAGGCGAAUCACUGAGGCGUAGCCGAGGCGCAUGCAUCUUGUAAACGCGUUACUGGCAUCGUGUCGUUUGUGACGUUUUAAAUUCACAUUUCGCCUUCACCAUUUUUUUAGAUCACCUUCAUCUAUCACGAUGUACUGACUGUUACAAUGGUUACUAUGGCUCUAGCUUUUCAUGCAGCCCACGCACAUGGAGGUGGGCUCAUUAUGUGGACUUUUACCCGGGCGAUAGUGUGGGCCCGGGAGAGGAAAUUUUGGUUUGAGCCUGGCUGCUUAUAUUAACUGGGUUACACUCGUACCCUUGAAGAAGUGAGGCAUAUGAAACGAAGAAGAUAGUCCCUUUGGACUGCCUCUGAGUUCUGCGUAGCGUUAGUUAGUACGUAAAGUGUGCAACAUUUUCUGUGCGCGACAGGAUAAGUACAUAUCCCAUGCCUGUAUGUGCCAGCAUCCUUUAUCCGCGACUAUCUCUGUAGGGGAUAAAGCUCGUUCCCGAGGAAGGAAUGACCUGCAAUGUGCAUAUAAAGCCUCUUGACACUGCUGCUAUAAUAAUGGAAAAUAUAGAAAACGCACUGCACCACAGUUAUCAGGGUCAUAUGACAAGCCAAAUGUUACUAGUACAAACUUUUAGAGGUAUUUUCAGCUUAUUUCAGAAUGAGUAAAAAAAAAAUGGAAUUUUUUUUUGAUUAAUCAAACUUCCAGUUCGACCUCAGAAUGCUCUCUCAAAGAAAGUUCUUUGCGCCAAAAACACCUUCGUCUGCCUUCGUUUCGAGACGAGCCGACGCUCUCGUCCUUGCCUCGAAUGCAGAGGUUAUUUCAUCCUUAAUUACAUCCAUAAUGUAUACAUACAUGCUUAUAUGAUGAAUAUAUUAUUACACCGGUAGACUAAGCGCGUAUAUGUUUAUACAUAUGU